CCGUGCCGUACCGUACCGUACCGCGCCUCGCCGCGCUGGCAGCGGGGAUGUGAACGGAGGCUCCGCCGGCAGCGCCCGCCGCUCCGCGCUCGCUCCGCGCCCCGCCGCGCCCCGCCGCCCGGCUCGGGAAGAUGCUGAGCAGGUGGAUGAGUGGCAGCAGCAGGAACCUGGACCGCGAGUACAACUGCACCGUGCGGCUGCUGGACGACAGCGAGUACACCUGCACCAUCCAGAGAGAUGCCAAGGGCCAGUACCUGUUCGACCUUCUCUGCCACCACCUGAACCUGCUGGAGAAGGACUACUUCGGCAUUCGGUUUGUGGACCCCGACAAGCAAAGGCAUUGGCUGGAAUUUACCAAGUCGGUUGUGAAGCAGAUGAGGGCCCAGCCUCCCUUCACCAUGUGCUUCCGUGUGAAGUUUUAUCCCACGGACCCCGCCGCUCUGAAGGAGGAGAUCACCAGGUAUUUAGUCUUCCUGCAGAUCAAAAGGGAUCUCUACCACGGCCGUCUCCUCUGCAAGACUUCGGAUGCUGCUUUGUUGGCCGCCUAUAUCCUUCAAGCCGAGAUCGGGGACUACGACCCGGGGAAGCACCCGGAAGGCUACAGCUCCAAGUUCCAGUUCUUCCCCAAACACUCGGAGAAGCUGGAGAGGAAAAUUGCGGAGAUCCACAAGUCGGAGCUGAGCGGGCAGACACCAGCUACUUCAGAGCUGAAUUUCCUGAGGAAAGCCCAGACUCUGGAGACCUACGGGGUUGACCCACACCCUUGCAAGGAUGUGUCGGGGAACGCAGCGUUUUUGGCCUUCACUCCCUUCGGUUUUGUUGUUCUGCAGGGAAACAAGAGAGUUCACUUCAUCAAGUGGAACGAGGUGACCAAAAUGAAAUUCGAAGGGAAGACUUUCUAUUUGUACGUAAGUCAGAAGGAGGAAAAGAAAAUUGUUCUUACGUAUUUUGCCCCAACACCGGAAGCCUGCAAGCACCUCUGGAAGUGUGGGAUCGAAAACCAGGCUUUCUACAAGUUGGAGAAGUCGAGCCAGGUCCGGACGGUGUCCAGCAGCAACUUGUUCUUCAAGGGAAGCCGGUUCCGAUACAGCGGCCGCGUUGCGAAGGAGGUGAUGGAGUCCAGCGCCAAGAUCAAGAGGGAGCCCCCCGAGAUUCACCGGGCCGGGCUGGUGCCGAGCCGGAGCUGCCCCUCCAUCACCCACGGCCCCCGCCUGAGCAGCGUGCCCCGCACCCGGAGGAGAGCCGUGCACAUCUCCAUCAUGGAAGGCCUGGAGUCUCUGCGCGACAGCGCCCACUCGACCCCGGUGCGCUCAGCCUCCCAUGGCGACGCCUUCGCAGCCCCCGGCCGGAGCGGCCGCGCCGAGAGCAGCGAGCGGGUGGCCGUCAUCGCCGACGAGAACUACAGCCCAGCGGACAGCGUGCUGCCCACGCCGGUGGCCGAGCACAGCCUGGAGCUGAUGCUGCUCUCGCGGCAGGCGAACGGGGCCCCGUGCAGCAUCGAGGAGGAGAAGGAGUCGGAGGCCGGCACGCCGGCGGCAGCCGAGGCGGAGGAGGCGGGUGGCGAGCUGCGGGCCCUGUGCCCGGGCGCCGGCGGCCUGGGGGCGGCGCAGGCGGAACAGGUGAAUAAGUUUGUUUUAAGUGUCCUCCGUUUGCUCCUUGUGACAGUUGGACUCCUCUUUGUUUUGCUCCUCCUCCUGAUCGUCCUUACCGAGUCCGACCUUGACACUGCCUUUUUCCGUGAUAUCCGCCAGACCCCCGAGUUCGAGCAGUUCCAUUACCAAUACUUUUGUCCCCUCAGGCGAUGGUUUGCCUGCAAAGUCCGCGCCGUGGUAAGCCUGCUCAUUGACACCUGAAGGCAGGAGUCGCCACGUAACUAGCCGGGGGCCUGGGGAGAGACCUGCCGCCGUCCCCCCGCGUGCGGGACCCGCCGGGGUGCCUUCGGCACACACACUAACCCUCCCUUCCCGACCCAGAGCACAGCGCGGCCGAGGAGGCGGCUUUCCCGGAGGAAGAGGAGGGUGGGCGCAGCCCCCGGGGCCUCCUCCUCCCUGUGCUCAGCCGCGCUGCUCCCACCCCCGGAGCCCGCACAACACUUUACCGUUUCGAAUCUCACAGACGCGCGUACGACUUCGGAAGCACCGAGCAAAGAGAGGAAUUGAUUUUACUCUUGCCGCCCAUCAUUGUACGAGCAUCAGCCGGGAGGCUCGCGAUGCUGCGUUACGCAGGAGCUUUAGCAAUGGUGCUACUGAGUAUUAAUUUAAACACUCGUGUACUCUUUCGUUAUUAAAUCCGCCACUGUGCACACCACUACCACCACCUCCCAAGUACCGCUUUGCAGAAAUCCCUCCCUGCUAACCGGAGUCUCUUACGCGGCGACGCGCGGCGUGACGCUACCGGGGGAGGCCCCGGUGCCCCCAUCCCAGCGGGCGCGCCAGCCGGCUCCCUGCGGUGCAGCAUCGCCCCGCGCUGCAGACUCGGCCUUUCGUCACUUUUUCUGAGCCUUCAGGCGUCGGUGCUCCCGAGGGCAGGGAGAGCACGGGCAGGCAGAGCACGCCAGGCACCCUCGGCCAAGCCUGGGCGCGUAGCCCAUAGUGACCGUGUCGGAUUUAUUAGGAAGACCUUUAGCCUCCGAAAGUUGUACCUGUUUUGUACAAAAAAAAAAAAAAAAAAAAAAAAAAAAAAAGAAGAGACUGUUUCAAGGUCUAUUUUAACAACAAAAAUGCUAUUUUGUUAUCGAAUCUAAUCAAGUCUUUUUUUACUUUACGGAUUGGGUGACCGUAGUGUGCUGUACCAAGCGGUUCGUGUUGAGCAAAUGGUUUAAGAGUAAACGCUUUUGUAGCCUGGAAGCCUAACGCCAGAUUAACCCGUUGCUAGUUUUGGAAUACAGAAAGGAGCUAUAAUUUUGUGACUUUUCUGAAGACAAAAAGGACAGAAGAACAGGAGUGGAGGCGACCCUGAACAAGCCAAUGGACAACCGUUAGACCUGUCUGUUCUUAAGCAAAAAUCAAUAAACCCAACUCAUCGUACUUGUGACAUAACCACCGGGACCUUCAGUGACCUGGGAAGCAGCAGUCUAUUUACACAGGGAGCAAUAAAAGCCAAUUCUGUUCCGUUUUGGUUGAGAAGUUGGACAUACUUAACAAAAAAGGUGAAAACAGGUGAGCAAGUUUUAUUUCAUCUCAGGGAGAGAUUUUACGUAAGCUGGGGCCAUAACUGCAGUUUUACAAAGCCUGAUUUCCGUGUUCCUGUCUCUGCGCAUCCCACCAUCCACCACCGCACGCGCGCGAGCGCCGCUCCCCGCCAAGGCUGGCGCCUGGCGAAGGAGCAUGACGAUGACGUUGGUCGAUUAAACACCACGACAGGUCGGCCAGACUUGGAUCGUUUGUCCCUGCAAUAAAGAGAGAGGUCCCGCUUAACUACUGUCUGUCGGGGGAAUUAAGACCCAAGCCGUCGUGUCUCACCGCUCACACGAGGGCCGAGGAGGGUUUCGCGUAGAGCCCCGAGCUCCGGCGCAGGCAGGAGACGCUACGAGCGCUGCCAGGAGACGGAGGAUCGAUUUUUACGUGAUAGCCCGUUUUAUGCAACAUAGCAAAAUUAACUCUUAGCGUAGUGUUCCUACCUCAGUCCGUAGUUCAUGGUGUUUCUAUGCAGUGCGUGAUAGUCCCGAACCUGACGUUUUCCAGCCCCGGGUUGAAGAUGUUCCCUCCUCCUCACUGCUGAUGUCAUGCGUGAUGUCGUAACAGCACAGCCCUGUCCGCCAGCGCGGCGCCCGGCCCCGCACCCAGACAUAAGACAUCUUCCUUCCAAACAGAGCGCAGCCUCCAAGUACUGACCCUGGGAACCCUCCAUAUCGGCUUCUCUAGAAUAGCGGUAACGCCAGACCUAGUUUACCUCUGCAGUUUUCACCCAGCGUUUUACUGCAAAACCACGAGAACUGGUGAUUUUUCAUCGUAUGUUUUUCCUGUACGUUCCAUAUUACGUCUUGUGUUUCACUACCUGUUAGUUUUACCUGUCUUUAUAUUAAAAUGUUGUUUCCAUAGAUUCCUAUGUCAGAAAACAAAAAAUAAAUCUCCUAAUAGUGUACUGCAUCUUUAAGCAGUAGACGGUAAAAUUCCUGAAAAUGUGAAUUUCUUAGUUUUCAUAAAAAAAGAAUCUAGAAAUUAACCUUUCAUGUGCCAAAUACUGUGUUACGUUUUUCCUUCAAAAUGUACCUUUUUCUACAUAUUCAAUAUCUUAGUUAGCAUAAAAUCAUUGGUGCCAU